GCUCCCGGUUCUGGGGGACAUAGAAUCAGCUGCACAGGGGGAGGCGGGAGCGAGCGAGUCCGCUGGCCUGAUCUCGGCCUAGGCUCUAAGUGUGGGCUACGGCUUCAGCCCCGCAGGUUACGUACACUGCCCCUGGGGGCGCCAGGGAGGGCCCCGACCAGCCAGUCCUGACCAUUAACCUCCCAGGGAUUUCUACUGGACAGUGGACAUCAGGAGGCUGGACAAUUGAAUGAGAUUGCCUCUGGAACUAUAAAGGUGAACCUGUGGAGGAAUAUGGGUCAGAAAGUCACAGGAGGCAUUAAGACGGUGGACAUGAGGGACCCAGCGUACAGGCCACUGAAGCAGGAUCUCCAGGGUCUGGACUACUGUAAACCUGCUCGCCUGGACCUCUUGUUGGACAUGCCUCCAGUGUCACGUGAAGUACAGCUCCAGCAUUCAUGGAAUAAUAACGAUCGAUCGCUCAAUGUCUUUGUCAAAGAGGAUGAUAAACUUGUUUUUCACCGGCAUCCGGUGGCACAGAGCACUGAUGCCAUUCGUGGCAAAACUGGUUAUACACGAGGCCUGCAUGUGUGGGAGAUGACAUGGGUCAUGAGACAGCGAGGGACUCACGCCGUUGUCGGAGUAGCAACUGCAGAUGCUCCCCUCCAUUCUGUGGGCUACACAACACUCAUAGGAAGCAAUGGGAAAUCCUGGGGAUGGGACUUGGGUAGGAAUAAACUGUAUCAUGAUGGCAAAAAUCAGCCGAGUAGAACAUACCCUGCUUUUCUGGAGCCUGACGAAACCUUCAUCGUGCCAGAUUCUUUCCUGGUGGUACUAGACAUGGAUGAUGGUACACUCAGCUUCAUUGUGGAUGGACAGUACAUGGGCACUGCAUUUAGAGGAUUAAAGGGAAAGAAACUGUACCCGGUCGUCAGUGCGGUGUGGGGCCACUGUGAAAUCAGAAUGCGAUACAUAAAUGGACUAGACCCGGAGCCCCUUCCUUUGAUGGACUUGUGUCGACGAGCUGUUCGCCUUGCACUGGGAAAAGAGAGACUAAAUGAAAUACAGACUCUUCCAUUGCCAGCAUCCCUUAAAGGUUACCUACUGUACCACUGACCAUCCACACUACUGCCACCGCGGACUAGCCACCCAGUGCUAUGCAUCCCAAGACUGUUCUGAAUGCUUGUUGGUAGGAAGAUGGUGGUACAGUUUCCUCACGUGCAUGCUUCCGACUAUGAAAUACCUCCAAGUUUUAUCUUUCUGGGAUCUCGCAACAGUUGAGUUUUGUAUGAAGGACAUCUGAAUGUUGCGUGUGAAUUAGAGAUGUGUUUCAUGUGUAAUGAAUCAUGUGACCAAUUUCCUUUUUUAACUUAAUGGUCUUUUGAACAGGAAGACUUUCUCCUUAACGCCCUAUGAUGGGCUCUUAUGUAUGUCCUAUCCAUUUUAAAUGUUUGUCUUGUCCUUUUUUACUGUUGUGCCUCAAAACUUGCCGCUCCCGAUAUUGUUUCCUCAUUUUACAUGGCUUGUAUUGGCCGUAGGACCCCGCACUUCUACCUGGUCUUGCUGUUUGAGGGUUGGGUGUUGCCUGUUAUGUUUAGUAGAUGCACAUAGGCAGAUGGUCUACAUAUUGGAGCAGGAGAGCACGCACUAGUAUAAUGGCUGAGAUUGGGAGGUUGACUCAA